GUUGACCAAUAGCCUUAGACCUCUUUCUAAUCUGUCAUGAUUGGUUCCAAUAAUCAUAAGAUGAGAUUUAGUUCGAUAUGCUGGUUCAAAAUCAUUUUUUAUGUGUAAUAAAUUUGUACGACAAAUACAUGUAAAUAAGUGAAAAUGAACCUGAUUAUGCAUUUUGAUUCUUUUGUUAAAUAAAAUGGUUUAAGCGAUGAACUAACUAUACACUCACUCAAUUGGUUUAACGAUUAUUGUUUUUAUCACUUUUAGUAACUAGUUUAUUCACAAGCUAUCAAACUACUUUGCUCCGUCAAUGAAUAAAUGCUCAAAUGUUCGUUUGGUUUCAGGUGCUCUGAUUCACAUUAUGGACUGUGAAUGGAGAAGAAACAUUACGAACGCAAAAUUUGAGAAGUAAUUGAGAUGUUUCUCGAUUUCUCUCGAUUCUAGGCGGUGGGAAGAAAGAAUAAGGGAAGGGGGAGAGUUGUGAAAUACAAAACUGAGAGAGAGAGAUGAAAGAACAAAUGAAAAAAAAAAGGAAGGCAAAAAGAGAGUAAGAGAACAUAAUUGCCCUUCUCCUUUGCUCAGAAGGUAUUGUUAGCCCUCUUAUGUUGAGUUUUGAUUUAUUUUAGGGGAUGACAUUAUAUUUGACAGAUUUUUCCCAUUUCAAUAAAUCCCAAAUCAAUAUUAUCAUUUGGAUGAUUUUUUCCUUAAUAUGAUUAUUGUAAUUUAUGAGAUUUAAGGGGUAUACAUUUUAGUGAUUUUUUUAUUUAAAGUUUGAAUUGAAAGAUCGUACCUACCAGUGGUUCGACCAUAAAACUUCACACCAUAGGCUAAAUUGGUAGGUGAUAUUUAGCAAUAUAAAAUGGUUGAACCACGGUUAAAUUAUGAAUUCGGUAUAAAAUACUCUACUACCAACUUUUUUAUACGAUUUUACAAUAAUUUGGUUCAAAUAAUUCUUUUACACUGGUGGAAAAUAAAAGUUUUAAGGCACAUUUUGAACAAUCUAUUGCAAAAAAGCAUAAGUGAGUUAGCGAUAAUGAGAAUAUGCGAUCUCAUUCAACUCAAAUGACACUUUGCAACUUAUAUAUUUUUAAAAUAACUGUAUGAUACUCUUAUCCUUGCUCAUUCAUCAACUUAAAGAGUAACAUAUAUUUCAUAUAAUAUGAUUUUCAUAGGUUUUUUAUUUAUUGAAUUACUUCAUGAAAAAAAAAUACUUGCUACUGUGAAAAUUAUUACAUUGUUGCUAGACAUGUUUGUGUUGUGAGAGUAAUUUGGGAAGUUCGUACACAAUACACUGUUCAACUAACUAUUAGCAAAAACUUAAUAUCAUGUUUUAUAUAUGUCUAAUCAAGAAACUUUAGAUUCAUUACUAACAGUGUGGUAAAAAAGAAUGCUCUCUAUGGAAAAAGAACUUAAAGUACAUACUAAACUCUAUGAAAUAUAUUUUCUUUCAUCCUAAAUGUUGAUUAUGUAUGUAUUAUGAGAAACAACUCUAAUAUUCAACUAUAUGAUUUAAUUAAACAAGGAAUGACAAUUAGUUUAUUUAUUUCUUUUUUCAUUCAGUAAUUACAUGUAAUGCUAAUACGGUACUUUUUUCUCUUUUCAUGGAGGUCUAAACACAUUAUGCAUAGUUGGAUCACUUUAAAAAAUGUUAUGUGCAUAACUAAGGUACAAACAAUCAUUUCAUUAUUAUAUAUCAUAUUUUUUGAUAAAAUUCUCCCGGCCAACGGGCCGGGUCUUGUGCUAGUGUAUAUGUAAAAGUAAAACGAUGCCCUAUCGGUUGUUCCAUCAAAGUCUAAAUUGGUAGGCAUUUUUUUUGUUAGUAUGAAAUGGUUAAAUUACAGUAUCAACACAAAAUGUAUAUCACUGAGUAUUAUCGAACAACUUUCAGUAUGGUUUGACUUUACAUUUUGUGCUGAUACUGUUAGUGUUUCUAAAUUGUGUAACCUCUGAACUAGUCACUUAAUUUUAAGUGAAUUUAGAUUUAUGCUUUUUUUAAUUUACAUUUGAUGUCGAGAAAUGAGAUUAAAAUACUUUUCAAUAUAUUAAAUUUUAUUUUAACUUCAAUUUUGAGAAUUUUUUCGCAGAAAAAUGGUUUCAAGGUUGAGAGCUUUUUUUUUUGUCGAGAAUAAGCUAUGUGUUUUCAGAAAAAAAAUCCUGAAAUUCUAUGUUCUCUCUCAUUCGUCGAGCUAGGUUUGUGUUGUGAUGGCGGUCGCGCCGUCGAGAAAUUCAUAUGGUGUGGUUACGUCCUGGCCUAGACUUUUUCGGUGCCUUUGGAGAACAGGUUGUAGUUUCAACCACCAGAGAGAAUCCAAGAUGGGUUUUGUUUCACGAAUGAAGUGAAGGAGAAGGGAACUAUCCGGUGGAAGGACGACCUAAUAGGUGUGAGACUAUAAGGUGUGACAUAUCGGGUUUAGCCGCAACCACAAAGCAUACUAGUUUUCUUCAAGAGUGGUGGAAGGAAGAGAGGAAAAAGAGCGGAGUGGUGUGAUUUGUGGUGGAAUGGGGGAGGUGUGUUUAUAGGUUUAAGGGGGAGGGUGUGGUUUGAGUUACUGCCACUCGAUCCACAUGCAUCAAGUUACUGUGCACUUGAUCCGUGUCUUGCUGUGGUUCGAGGCGAAGCGAAUCGAACGGACGAGAUCGAGUCUUACCUGCUCUAUCUAUGGUGGAGUGAGGUCGAGGCGGUCUAUCCACAUCUUCAUCCGCUGGCUAAUCCCGGUGUAUCAAGUCCAACCUCAUCGAUGAAUGCCACGCGUCGCAGAUCGAGCACAGCUCACUCGAUCAGUGUCGUCCCUGUCCGCAAAUCGAGUUCCUUUCACUCGAUGCAUAUGGAUCGAUGACAUUGCAAUUGAUGCCAAUAGUGGAACAAGAGACACUCACUAGAACCGCUUCAAAUUUUGGUAGUUUGGCGAAAAAAUUAUGGUAAAUACAAUUUAAUAUUCAAACCUUUUAUUUUAAACAAUAUAAUAGUCAAACCUUUUCGAAACAAUCUAAUAUCCAAAUCGUCAACUUUUUGUCUGUUUGACCGUUAGUUGACACUUCAAAAAAGUUCGAAGUAUGACACUUCAUCAAUAUCCAUCGAUAUCUUCUCUGAAAAACCACCAACAUAUCGUAGUUCCAGACCCGGGAAGUCUCUGACUCCACCACGAUGGUAUAGAAUAUCUAAAUAUUCAUUCAUCUGCAAUGCCAAAACAAGAAAACAAAGUUGUAUUGUGACAAUUUCCCCUAAACAAAGCUUUUUUGAAGUGUCAACUAACGGUCAAACGAACGGAAAGUUGACGAUUUGGAUAUUAGAUUGUUUUCGAAAAGGUUUGGCUAUUAUAUUGUUUAAAAUGAAAGGUUUGGAUAUUAAAUUGUAUUUACCCAAAAAAUUAUUAUAAGUCUGUAUUUUAAGAAUUUUUAAAAUUUUAAACGUAUUUAGGGAAUUUUUUUCCAUAAUAGUAUAACGACUCCAAGAAAUUGACUACAAAAGUAUUAUCAACCGUCAGAUUAAUCGGCCUGCCCUUAGAUUAACGACAGCAAGGCACAGAAUCGCCUCUAUGAAUCUCGACGCCGACGCAGCCUUUUACUCUUUCUCGUCUCUUUCUUCACCUCGACAGUGAGUCGGCGACUGACCUUUGACUCCUCCAAAACAAAUCUCCAAAUAAACCCAAUCCAUUCCCUGCAACUCGCCAGUCCAUUCAUUCAUAUUUCCUUCUCCUCCUUCUCAUCUCCGACCGUCGCAAUGUUCUGAACUUGCUCGGCCGCUGGGACUGGGAGAGCAAUUAAAACACCAAAGAUGGGUCCUGAAUCGGUGUUGACCACGGCAAAGCCGACUCCGAUUCCGACCCAGGAAGAAGACCCAUCUCAUCCAUCCACAUCUCUUCUCACUUUCAGCACAGAAGUUCCUUCAUCUCCGCCGCAGAAACCCACCGCCACCGUCAUCUUCAUCGCUCUCCUCCUCGUCACCUGUGCCGCCCUCUCCGCCGCAUCCGCAUCCGCCUUCCUCUUCUUGUCCGCCGGUAAAUCGGCUCAUCGUCCCUCGAUCAAAGACGGUCAAGCGGCGCGGUCGCUGAGGAAAUUGGAUCGCCCCGUCGUCCUGUUGAUUUCCGCCGACGGGUUCCGGUUCGGGUACCAGUACAAGGCUCCGACGCCCAACAUCCGCCGUUUGAUCGCCAACGGGACGGAGGCUGAGACGGGUCUGAUUCCGGUAUUCCCUACUCUCACUUUCCCUAAUCAUUACUCCAUUGUCACUGGCCUCUACCCUGCUUACCAUGGAAUCAUCAACAACAAUUUUGUCGACCCGAGAACUGGAGCCGUCUUCAAUAUGGGCAGCCACGACCCUAAAUGGUGGCUCGGCGAACCAAUGUGGGAGACUCUGGCUAAUCAGGGUUUGAAAGCUGCUACUUACUUUUGGCCUGGCUCUGAAGUGAUUAAGGGCUCUUGGGAUUGCCCCAAGGGCUUCUGUAUGCCCUACAAUGGAUCAGUUCCAUUUGAGGAUAGAGUUGAUACCGUCUUGAGCUACUUCGAUUUGCCCAGCAGUGAGAUUCCAGAGUUCCUGACUCUGUAUUUUGAGGACCCUGAUCAUCAAGGUCACUUGGUCGGUCCCGAUGAUCUCCAGGUUACUGAAGCUGUUACUCACAUUGAUGGCUUAAUUGGGAGGUUGAUUGGUGGGUUAGAGAAGAGAGGGAUAUUUGAAGAUGUUACCAUAAUCAUGGUGGGCGAUCAUGGCAUGGUUGGUAACUGUGAUAAAAAGCUGAUCUUUCUCGAGGAUUUAGCUGAAUGGAUUAAGAUUCCUGCAGAAUGGGUGUCCGAUUAUACUCCGGCUCUUUCGAUUCGCCCUUCCACGGAUGUUGAUCCGUCAGAAGUUGUUGCAAAGAUGAAUGAAGGAUUGCGGUCGGGGAAAGUUAAGAAUGGGAAGAAUUUGAAGAUGUAUCUCAAGGAAGAUCUUCCUAGCAGGCUGCAUUAUUCCAACAGCGAGAGGAUUCCGCCGAUCAUAGGGAUGCUCGACGAGGGGUUCAAGGUGGAGCCGAAGAGAACCGCAGCACAGGAGUGUGGUGGAUCCCAUGGUUAUGACAAUGCGUUCUUCUCCAUGAGGACCAUCUUCAUUGCUCAUGGUCCUCGGUUUGGGAGGGGAGUGAAGGUGCCAUCUUUUGAGAAUGUUCAGAUAUAUAAUGUGAUCGCCUCGAUCCUGAAUGUCCCCGGUGCCCCGAAUAAUGGGUCUUCGUCAUUUCCUCGCUCUAUUCUUUUGCCUGAGGCAUAGCCAGUGGUCCAUGUGGUAUGAUUCUCAAAGUGCUCAGAUGGCUGCUUACCGAUGAAGUGUUAGCUCAUGAGUUCAAAGAGCUCAGGAUGCUGUUCUGUGAGGCUCUCUUGGUUGGGUUUGGGUUUGUCUAUGUAUUCGUAAACACAGAUUGAAUGUCCCCCCUGAAGUUUGAAUGUAUUGAAGUUUCAGCUCGGAGUAUGAGUUCGUUUUGAACGAACCAUAAGGAAGAGUGAAAGAAAAAUGCACCAACUCUUUGUUCUGCAUUACUCGUUCUUCUUUUCAGCUUUAGAUUAGGACUUGAAUUUUCUAGUAAUCAUCAUAGUGGAGCACUUUCACAUAUGCCUCCAAAAAUAAGCACCAAUCAUGAAAUUUGAACCAAAUCCCUUAUAUAUUAUAUAACUAACUAGCAUGGAGCCCGGCCUAUUGGCCGGGUUGCUUCUAAAUUUUUUUCUUCCCCAUUUGUAGUGGUGUAUUUCUUUAUGUUGCAUAGGAUAGAAGUAAAGAAAUAGAUGGUAACUCUAAUUUAUUUUUCAUAGGUGAGGAAAAGAUAAAGGUUUAUAAAAAGAUGGAUAUAUAGGAAUCAAAUACUUGGAUUACUUUAUUAUAUUAUUAUAACCCCUUUAUGAAAUAUAAUACUAAAGUAAGCAUCGAAAAGAAAUAAAAUAAAGUGAUCAUUUCAUAUAUUUACUUCAAAUUUUGAUACAUUUAUACAUAAAAAUCGAAGUCUUCGCUCAACGGACCGGACCCAUAUCUAAUAACCUGUAACACUAAUUUUAGACGAGUUUGGAUUUGUGACCAUCAUAAAAGGAAAUACUACUAUACACAAAACUCCAGUAAUGGAUCAAAAGCAAGGUUGUCAACCUGGUUUAAACCAUUGGUUCGAUCGAGUAAGUGAGUUGAGAGUCAAUAGGCUGGCCGUUUUAGCCUAGUUUAGCUUGAAUAUAUGAAAAAAGUCAUUAUAUUGUUCAUAUAUUUAUAAAUUAUAUCAAAUCACACCUAACAUAUGAGUAAUAACAUAUAACAUUACACCAGAAUAACAUGUCGUAUUUGGAUCCAACAUAUAGUGGAAAUUCACACUUAUAUAAAAUCAAUAUUCAAAUGUUCAACUUCGAAUUCCAAAAAUUGGGUUAGGCGAAAAGGAAAACCAAAAUAUAGACGCAUUUUACAAAUCAAAAGAAAAAAAUACCACCAUUUGACCUCCAAUUUGGGACCUCACAACGGGUCCACCCGACUGGUGUAUGUGACCCAUUUUUCUCACCGAACCAAAAUCAAAACGGAUCAACCAACGAAUCGACCUGCGAUUGCCAACUUUUAAUUCAAAAGCAAAUGGAAUAAGAGGAACAAACAAAAUGAAAAGAAAUAAAUAACUAAUUCAUUGUCUAGAUGGCUUUUACCAAAAAGGUAGUGAUUAAACUAUGGGGGAAAAACAGUGAUUGAAAAGGAAGAUGUGAGGGACGUGGGUAGUGGAACUGUAAAAGAAGGAAUUUAUAGAUUAUAGUUAUUAUCUGUUAAAGAAAAAGAAACGGCAAGAGAGAGGAAGUGACAAAUUAACCCUUCCCAUACAUGCGGUUUGAUCAGCAAAGGCUGACGUGGCAAAUACUUUUUAUUGACAUUGGCUUAUAUGUUUUUGUAGAUGCUACAAUUUACAUAAAUCGUUGUAAACGUU